AUGUCCGUUCCGAAGGGAGGCACGCUGAGGAUCCGGGAGGUGUGGGCGGAUAAUCUGGAGGAGGAGUUUGAGAUGAUUCGCGAGAUUGUGGAUGAGUAUCCCUACGUGGCCAUGGAUACGGAGUUCCCAGGGGUUGUGAUCAGGCCGGUCGGGACGUUUCGCAGCAGCGCGGAGUACCACUACCAGACCUUGCGCGUGAACGUGGACAUGCUGAAGCUUAUUCAGUUAGGGUUGACGUUCACUAACGAGGAUGGACUCGAUCGAGCUUCUGAAGCAGAGCGGCAUCGAUUUCAACAUGAACCAGGAGAGAGGGAUUGA